UGUGUGACGUGAACGCGCAGCCCACAGCGGAGCUCCACAGAUGGAGCGAGCGACUCACUCUAUCAAUAUGACCAAAUCUACUGUAUUCCAACAGGCUUUGGUCGAAUGGUUAACGUCAUUGCCUUCGAUAAGAUGGAAUCGUGGUUCGAGACAUUUCCUUAUUCAUGGGCUUCUUUUCUCGAGUAUUGCAAAAUAGUGAGCCGCCCAGACAUCCGUGACGUCACCUUUGGUCCAUCAAAGCCGGAAGUAGCAUUGUCAGACGUCCUAGCAUGCUAGCAUGCUAGCACAUUCUGCAGGCUACGUGAAAGAAAAUAUGAGGGCUGUGAGUCGCACACGCCAGUGACAGCGCUCCUCGGGGAGUGGGCCUUUUCCCAAGAAGUCACCUGGAGACAUCUUGUCCUGCAUUCGUCUGCCCGCUCCGGCCUCAACAUGGAGUCCAUGCUGAACAAGCUGAAGAGCACCGUCACCAAAGUGACGGCCGACGUCACGAGCGCCGUCAUGGGCAACCCGGUCACGCGAGAGUUCGAAGUGGGCCGACACAUCGCCAGCGGCGGUCCGGGGAUGUGCUGGAGGAUCUACAACGGCACUAAGAAGUCCACCAAGCAGGAAGUGGCCGUAUUCGUUUUUGACAAGAAGAUGAUUGAUAAGUACCAGAAGUUUGACAAGGACCAAAUCUUGGACUCCCUGAAGCGAGGGGUGCAACAGCUGACCCGACUGCGACACCCCCGUCUCUUGACCGUUCAGCAUCCUCUGGAGGAGUCUCGAGACUGUCUGGCCUUCUGCACGGAGCCGGUCUUCGCCAGUCUGUCCAACGUGCUGGGCCACUGGGACAACCUGCCCAGCCCCGUGCCCAACGACAUCAAGGAGUACAAGUUGUACGACGUGGAAACCAAGUACGGCCUGCUCCAGAUCUCGGAGGGUUUGUCCUUCCUGCACAGUGGAGUAAAGAUGGUCCACGGGAACUUGUGUCUGGAGAACAUCAUUCUCAAUAAGAGUGGAUCGUGGAAAAUUAUGGGCUUUGAUUUCAGUAUUUCAUCCAUUAACCCGUCAGACGCUGAUCCCAAAUACUCGUGUAAGGAAUGGGAACCCAACCUGCCGCCGCUGUGCCUGCCCAACCCCGAGUACCUGGCGCCCGAAUACAUCCUGUCGGUCAGCUGCGACACGGCCUCCGACAUGUACUCGCUGGGCGUGGUGGCGCACGCCAUCUUCAACGAGGGCAAGCCCGUCUUCGCCGUCAACAAGCACGACAUCUUCAAAAGCUUCAGCCGGCAGUUGGAUCAGCUCACCAACAUAAAUCCGGCGCUGUUGAACAAGAUUCCAGAGGAGGUGCGCGAGCACGUGAAAAUGCUCCUCAGCGUCACGCCCAACGUGCGCCCCGACGCCGACCAGAUGACCAAGAUUCCAUUUUUUGACGACGUGGGGGCGGUGACGCUGCAGUACUUUGACUCGCUCUUCCAGAGAGAUAAUCUGCAGAAGUCGCAGUUCUACAAGAGCCUCCCCAAAGUCCUGCCAAAACUCCCCAAGAGAGUGGUGGUGUACCGCAUCCUUCCCUCGCUCACCUCGGAGUUCAUCAACCCGGACAUGGUCCCCUUCGUGCUGCCCAACGUGCUGCUCAUCGCCGAGGAGUGCACCAAGGACGAGUACGUCCGCUUCAUCCUGCCCGACCUCUCGCCCGUCUUCAAGCAGCAGGAGCCCAUCCAGGCUAGUAACAUGAUUCUGCUGAUCUUCCUGCAAAAAAUGGACCUGCUCUUGACCAAAACGCCGGCCGAGGACAUCAAGAACAGCGUGCUGCCGAUGGUUUACCGAGCCCUGGAAGCACCUUCUAUGCAGAUCCAGGAGCUGUGCCUCAACAUCAUCCCGACGUUCAUCAACCUGAUCGACUACCCCUCCAUUAAGAACUCCCUCAUCCCUCGCAUCAAGUCCGCCUGCCUGCAGACGUCCUCGCUCGCCGUGCGCGUCAACUCGCUGGUGUGUCUCGGGAAGAUCCUGGAGUACAUGGACAAGUGGUUUGUCAUUGAUGAGAUCCUGCCCUUCCUGCAGCAGAUCCCCUCCCGGGAGCCGGCGGUGCUCAUGGGAAUCCUGGGAAUCUACAAGUGCACCUUCAGUCACAAGAAGCUGGGCAUCCCCAAGGAGAACCUGGCUGCCAAGACUCUGCCGUACUUGGUUUCACUUAGCAUUGACAACAACCUCAACCUUAAUCAGUUCAAUUCGUUCAUGGUGGUCAUCCGAGAGAUGCUGAGCCGCAUGGAGGCCGAGCACAAGACCAAACUGGAGCAGCUGCACAUCAUGCAGGAGCAGCAGAGGAGUUUGAACAUCUCCGGCACAGAGAAGCCAUCAGAGGAGACCAAGGGCCCGCCAUCGUCGCACCAGAUCGAUGACAUCUUCGGCAGCACGGGGCUGAACGGCAAGGAGAACGGAUCCUCGGCGCCACCCCCGCAGCCUAACAGAAUGUCUCUGACUCUGGAGGAGAAGCAGCGACUGGCUAAGGAGCAGGAGCAGGCGGCCAAACUGCGGAGUCAGAAGCCACUGGCGCCACAGAGUAUCAAACCGACCACGUCUGCCAACUCACAGGCAAAAGAUCUGACCAGCAGCCUGUUCACUAACAUGGCGUCCCUGAACAGUAUGUCCUUGAGCAACACGCCUCGAGCACCUAUGUCGCAGGCACCCGCCGCCGUGUCCACCUUCCCCUCGUCCUCCUCCAUGGGCCCCCCGGUGUCCAACGGCUUCAACCCGGCCAUGGGCUUUCCCGCGGCGGGCGUUGGGAUGAGCAUGAGGCCGCCGGGUUCCGCCGUCUACGGUGGCGGCAUGGCCUCCACCACCAGCACCCCCAACUUUGGCGCCCUGGCGCAGAACCAAGGCCAGAUGAACUUGUCAGCGCUAGACAACCUUUUCACAUCCAACAAGCCCAAAGUCUCCCUCAACCAAAUGGCGCCCUUAGGCGGAACCCCUUGGCUGGGCCAGUUCUCUCCGGGGCAGAACGCUCAGCCCGCUUUGCAGGGGGCUCCGUCGGCGGCAUUCGGGAUGCAAGCGAACCCUUUUUUCAGCCCGCAGAACUUCUCUCAAACUACCGCUGGCGCCAACCAAAGCGGACUGAAGCACGGCACGUCCGCCAACACCGACCUGAAAGACUUAUUUGGCUGAAAGGAUCCACUGUGAAGUAGAAAGAAAAGGUCCACUUUUGCUGUGUCUAUUUUUGAUCGCGCUCACAUUCUGCACCUCAUUUGUAUUUGAAGGGCAACGUGUCACUUCUUGUAUGCUGUCUUCUACAAAGCUGUGGGUUUCUUACUCUUUUCUACUUGAUGUUCUUAAGGGGUGCACAUGGGAGUUGAGAGUUACUUUUUGAAUCGGAGUUACCUUAUUCAGACUCUCUGAGGACAUCCGGGAGGGAGGUAGCUGGACGUGUAGCAUCCGGCAAGUUGGGCCUUUUUCCACGACCGCUUCCAUGGCAACAGUCUGCAGCAGCAGUGACCUAAUACACCCAUUUCCAUUUCCACUUCUUUUAAAUGCAGUACGACUGAAGUAUCACUUGUCGCUAGAUGCUAAUCCUAACAAGGUGCAUUGUAGGCUCUUGUGCCUUACAGGGUUAAACUUGUAUUGAUUGUCUUUUCCCCCCCCCCUCCCAAUUUGACCAAUUUAGCUUUUGUCUUCAAAUCAUUCCUCUUUUACACAUCUUCAAUUUUAAAUAGUAAAUGAAUUCUAUCUAUUUAGUUCUGUGCACUUUUCAAAAACUUUUUAAUCGGAUGCUCCUCUACAGUUUUAGUUGGGUGUGAGAGAGAAUUUGAGAGGCCUUCAGUGAUGACGCUUGUGCAAUAUUAAUGAUUCUUUGUGAUGGUUCAUACUGGACUGAUUGGCCACACAGCUCAUUAAAUACGGUUUCCGUUGAAAGGUUCUGGUCAUUCCAAUUUUGCAUCUCCCAAACUCUACUGCUGGCAUUUGUGUGUUAUCUGUGAUUUCAUAAUGAUCUAAGGUGGUUCAAUGAAAACGUGUACAUAUAAAGGAAAAUAUACCAUCGU